GAGCAGAGGAAGCGUUACUCCACAGUGGUUAUGGCCGAUGUAUCCCAGUACCCAGUCAAUCACCUGGUAACGUUCUGCCUGGGUGAGGACGAUGGCGUGCACACCGUGGAGGAUGCCUCCAGGAAGCUGGCCGUCAUGGAUAGCCAGGGCCGAGUCUGGGCACAGGAGAUGCUGCUGCGAGUGUCUCCCGACCAUGUCACGCUGCUCGACCCGGCCUCCAAGGAGGAGCUGGAGUCGUACCCGCUGGGCGCCAUCGUGCGUUGUGAUGCGGUGAUGCCACCCGGCCGGAGCCGCUCGCUGCUGCUGCUCGUGUGCCAGGAACCCGAGCGCGCCCGGCUGCGCGGCAACAUCGCCGACCCCUCCUCCCCGGAGCUGCUGCACUUCCUUUUCGGGCCUCUGCAGAUGAUUGUGAACACGUCGGGGGGGCCCGAGUUCGCGAGCGGCGUGCGGCGGCCGCACCUGACGUCGGAUGCCGUGGCGCUGCUGCGGGACAACGUCACUCCACGUGAAAACGAGCUCUGGACCUCGCUGGGGGACUCGUGGACCCGCCCCGGGCUGGAGCUGCCCCCGGAAGAGGGACCCCCAUACAGACCCGAGUUCUUCAGCGGCUGGGAGCCGCCGGUUACUGACCCGCAGGGCCGCGCUUGGGAAGACCCAGUUGAGAAACAGCUACAGCACGAGCGGAGGCGCCGGCAGCAAAGCGCCCCCCAGGUCGCUGUCAAUGGUCACCAAGACUUGGAGCCAGAAUCUGAGCCUCAGCUGGAGUCAGGGACAGCAGGAAAAUGGGUCCUGUGUAAUUAUGACUUCCAGGCCCGCAACAGCAGUGAGCUGUCGGUCAAGCAGCGGGACGUACUGGAGGUCCUGGAUGACAGGCGCAAGUGGUGGAAGGUUCGGGACCCAGCGGGGCAGGAGGGAUAUGUGCCCUAUAACAUCCUGACACCCCACCCCGGACCCCGGUUGCACCACUGCCAAAGCCCUGCCCGCAGCCUGAACAGCACUCCUCCUCCGCCACCAGCCCCAGCCCCAGCCCCACCUCCAGCUCUGGCUCGGCCCCGCUGGGACAGCUGCGAUAGCCUCAACAGCUUGGACCCCAGCGAGAAGGAGAAAUUCUCCCAGAUGCUCAUUGUCAACGAGGAACUGCAGGCGCGCCUGGCCCAAGGCCGCUCAGGCCCGAGCCGCUCAGUCCCAGGGCCCCGCGCUCCGGAACCGCAGCUCAGCCCGCAAUCGGACGCCUCCGAGGUCCGCGCCUGGCUGCAGGCCAAGGGCUUUAGCUCCGGGACCGUGGACGCGCUGGGUGUGCUGAAUGGGGCGCAGCUUUUCUCGCUGCAGAAGGAGGAGCUGCGGGCGGUGAGCCCCGAGGAGGGGGCGCGUGUGUACAGCCAGGUCACCGUGCAGCGCGCCCUGCUGGAGGACAAAGAGAAAGUGUCAGAGCUGGAGGCAGUGAUGGAGAAGCAAAAGAAGAAGGUGGAAGGCGGGAUGGAAACGGAGGUCAUUUGACCUGCCCGGCGCCCUUCGCAAAGAGUGACCAGGCCCCGUGUGAGAACGGACUCUUCAGACUCCUUAAUAGCAGAAGUCGAUCUUCUGUAGGAUGGCCAAUCUGCUCCGGCCCCGGUCUUCCCCCAUCCCCGUGGACAGACUGAAUAAUCCUUGCUGCAGUCCCUCCGGGGCAGAUCUGGACUGGCUGUGAGUGGGGAGGGCGUGGAGACAGUCUACGGAAAGCGCUAGCAGACCCCCGAGAGGGUGCAGUAGAGCCCUGAGCAUUGUAAUAUGCCGCCCAGCCUAUAAACAGCCUCCUUACUUGGCA